CCCGAUUAUUUCCCAAGUGCGUUUAUUUUAACACAGGCGAUCGCUAUAGACACCUAUAGUUCCCCCCGGGGUCCUCAGGAUGCAGUGUGCAGCAGCUGAUGCAGUAAAAACACCGGAGUCGGGGAAAGUGAUCUGAGUGGCAGGAUGGAGCAGACAGAAGAGUGGAGGAUUCAGGCUUUAAACACAGAAACACAGCAGAUGCUGAAAACAGCACUGACAGACCCCGGCAUGGUGGACUUGGUGAAGUUGUGUGAUCUGAUAGUGGACCAGGCUCUGAAGGACUCGUCCCUGUGCAGAGACGCAGGACACAUCUGCUGUACUUUAGUGCAGGUGGAGGCGAAGCGGAGCAGCACGAGUGUGUUCAGGAGAAACAUGCUGACUCGGCUGCAGCAGGAGUUUACGAGGCGAGAGGAGACGCGGCGGCGAUCGCUGCACGAGUGGGUGUGUGUCGUCUCGCUCCUGUGUAAUGUCUUCGACAGACUGAAGGUGAAUAACAGCCCGAUGGCUGCGCUGGUGGAUCCGGUGUAUGAUUGUUUGUUCAGGUUGGCUCAGCCUGACGCUCUCGUUAAUGAAGUGGAGUGUGUGUGUGUGUGUGUAGGUGGACUGCUUGGCUCUGCAGCUACACCGCGUUGGCGAGCAGCUGGAGAAGCUGAACACCAGGCGGAUGGACGAGCUCUUCUUCCUGCUGCGAGACGGUUUCCUCCUGCAGGACGAUCUGAGCUCCAUGAGCCGCCUGCUGCUGCUGGAGCUGCUGGAGUUCCGCGCCGCCAGCUGGAACCUGAGCAAAAACGCUCAACGCUACUACUACAGCGAGGUGGUGGAGUGAGGAAGACGAGGAACGUGGCUCUGAACGAGAUCUUCCUGAGGGUGAAGGUCAGGACUGAGGAAGGAGGAAGAAGAACGAGGAGCUCCAGGGGUUCAUCCUGCCGCCUGGACUGGAUGGAGAUGUGAUGAUGGUUAUAUGCCUGUGUGUGUGUGUGUGUGUGUGUGUGUGUGUGUGGUUCAGGUUUAGAGGAUGGAGAUGAUCGUGCCAGUGAUGUGGAUCUGCCUGGAAAGACACUUUAAUUAAUCAUCUCGUUCUGAGUUGCAUCCUGGAGAUGGACAAUGUUUUCACCUCUCACUGUUGGAUUGAUGUUGAUUUCCGUUAAAACUUUUUAAUAAAGUGAUUUUUUUUAUUUGUUUAUAUUGUUUAUACUGUGAUACACUGAUCAUCACCAGCACUGACAAACUGACUGAUCAAUUUCACUCACAUUCGACGUGAAACUGCUGUUUUGUUUGAUAAAUGUUUUCAACAACAGUUUUGUAUGUUUGUAAUGUUUAAAAUAAAUACGUUAUAUUUAAUA